AUGUCUGCGUGUUCUUCUGUACGGCCAUAUGACAAGUCAUUUGCGAACAUUUCGGGAACCUUUGGUGGUCUUUUUGUUCCAAACAUCGCAUCCAGUAUUGCUGAAAUCCUUUGGCCAGGUUCAGUAAAGAGAAAUCGCAGGAUAAACCGUGGGGAGAUUCGUGAAGCUAACGAUCGAUAUAAGCUCAAACAAUUCCCAAGCACAACAAUAGCAAUAGCUGCAGCUUGA